GUCCUGGCGGUGAUCUAUGGCGUUGUUGGAACUCGAGAUGGCGCGGGAGCAGAGUGUUGGUCUGAGUUACGCGAGCAUGUGGUGGGAUACCUGGUCAUCCUGUCUGGAUGUGUCGUGGUAGAGUUCUGCAUUGCCCAUGUGGCCAUGCGGGGCACCAUCCUCGACCCUACCCCACGAGCAUCCAUGCAGUACCUUCUUUAUGUCAGAUUAUGUAUAUUGCUGGCCGAGUUGGUGUGGGUUAUCCUGGGCGUGGUAUGGUUAAGCCAACACUACCAGACGUGCACGUCGCAGACUGCUAAAGACGCCAUUCUUGGCAUCGUUGUGUGUAACGGUUGCGUGAUAAUGUCGGUUGUGAUCACCGUAUAUUGCACCUUCGACGCCGCUGGAAGAAGCUGGGUGAAAAUGAAGCGGUAUCAGAGGUCCAUGAGGGAUUCCCAUUCCAAAUUCCAAUACAGGCGAUCCGGCAACAGGAACAGGAAUUGGAGGCAGAGGAAAGUCCUGCGAGCCUAUCAGGAUAGCUGGGAUCAUCGGUGUCGUCUUCUCUUCUGCUGCAUGGGAAAGUCUGAUGAUACUCGGAACUCCUUCAGCGACAUAGCGAGGCUCCUGAGUGAGUUUUUCCGGGAUCUGGACGUUGUGCCCUCUGAUGUAGUGGCCGGGUUGGUCUUGCUGCGGAAGUACCAGAAGGUCAACAGACAGGAUAUCGUCAGGAGCAACAAGAACGAUAUUUACGAGUUUCUCUCCGGGGUCCCCAUCACUCCCAGGUCACGGUUUCUUCAGCUCUCGUCUCUGGAAGGCAAAGAAGAAUUUGAGAAAAUCGUUCACUACAUGAGAUUUGCCUUGGCAAUUUAUGGCUGGCCGAUGUACGUGGUGGCCAGCUCUACACUAGAAGCGUGCAAAUUGUGUCCGUUGCUAAGGUGCUGGGGUUGUUGCGUGUCACGUGAGGGAUUACCAGAGGUUGUCGAAGACAACUGUUGUGGCUGUAAUGUAGCUGCAUUUAAGAACAUCGCACCCAAGGAUGGACUGGACCUCGUCUAUGUUACUUAUCACGUAGAUGUAGGGGAGACGCCUUUCUUUGUCGCCCUCGAUCAUAAGCGGAGAUCCAUUGUCAUCAGUAUUCGUGGUACCUUGUCGAUGAAGGAUGUUAUCACAGAUCUUAAUGCAGAAAGUGAACCCCUGCCAAUGGAUAUAAUCAAAGAAGACUGGCUCGGUCACAAGGGCAUGGUCUCAGCAGCUGAGUAUAUCCGACGGAAGCUGAGGGACGACCGCAUCCUAGCGAGGGCAUUUAGUUUUGAUACCACUCGUGGGACUCAGCUAUACGAUUUGGUGCUAGUUGGUCACUCCCUUGGAGCAGGAACUGCUGCCAUCCUUGCUAUCUUAUUGAAGCAAGAUCACCCAAACCUGAGCUGUUUUGCAUAUUCUCCUCCUGGUGGUCUUCUCAGUAUGCCAGCAGCAGAAUAUACAAGAGCUUUCAUCACUUCAGUUGUCGUUGGUAAAGAUGUCGUUCCUCGUAUUGGUCUCAACCAGAUGGAGGCCAUGAGGGCAGAUUUAAUCAAUGCUAUUCAGAGAUCACGAGAUCCGAAGUGGAAGAUUAUAACCUCGUCUGUGCGAUGUUGUGGUGCUUGGGAAGACAGCGGAGGGGAAGCGGAAGAAUUUUCAACCACGCGCGCAGCCAUGAGAGAUCAUGCAUCUCAUCCAUCAGACUCAUCCAUUGCUUUAACUGUUCAUCAGCCAUUAUAUCCACCAGGUCGAAUUCUUCAUGUGGUCCGACAUCAUCCAAAGAAAAGACAGAGGUGGAUGAAAGCACCGCAGCCAGUAUACCAAGCAGUGUGGAGAGACAACAAGGAUUUCGAUGAGGUCCUUAUAUCUCCAUGCAUGAUCCAGGAUCACAUGCCAGAUAAGGUUCUCAAAGCUCUGGAAAAGGUCCUAGAGAACCCAGGUCCGACGAAACCUCAGCGGAUGUUGGACAGCCCAUCCCGGCAACCGAAUGAUGCUAAUGCGAUACCUGAGGGAGAAAGUAGUCGUUUGCUUUCCUCAAAUUCCCAAACCCCACCUGCAGUUCUUCCUUCAUCCUUUACAAAUGACUCUCUUAGAGCUACUCCUUUGAGUAGUACUCCUUUGUUAUCAACAACCACCAGUGGAAACCGGCUGGCAACUCCUCCACACAGAUUAUUGUUAGAAACAUCUUUUACUUGUACGCCCACAGCUUCACCUGAGCCCCCACUUGAUCUUCGUCGCCAUGCACACAUUCAUUCUCCUGCUAUUACUUGGGAGCUGUUAUCUGCACUUGAAGAACAGCUGUUACUGGGUGUGAGAGAGGCUGGGAGAGGUGCUGGGGAUCGUGAGGAAGAUUGGUUAGCUGGUGUGGCUCCCUUAGCUUCACCUGAAACUCUUAGUGAAGCCUCUAGUGUUGUUUCCCGAGCAUCUUUAUUGUUAAGAGAAGGAAGAAGAGGUUCUUCAGCUCUUCCAACUCUACAGCAAUCUCCUGUAUUAAACCAUCGACCACCACCUGCUCGCCUUGGUGCUGGUUACUGCUUCUAUGUUGAGACCCCACCAUUAGAUUCACGAAGGCAAAAUUUACCACCCCCAGAAAAACUUCCAGAAUCAUCUGAUGAUGAAGAAAUUUCACCUCGCUCAAUUACUCCAAAUUCAUAUAUAACCAUAGAGCCCAUUAUGCCCACUCCACCUACAAUAAGAAAAAGCAACGAAAUGCAGAGCUCAAAUCAUGUGGAUACCAUACCUCUUGUUAUUAAUGAAGAUCCACUUUCUGUGUCAGAUCCUUCCACACAAAAUACUGUCAGAGUUACACCUAAAGCCGUCCAAAAUAGCAAAAAUUUUUUAUCUAGGACAGUAGAGAAAAAAGACAAAGAAGCUGAGGAAUGUGGAAAAAUUGGAAGUAUAGAACCACUUGAUUCACCUGGUAGUGGUCCAAGUCGUGCGUCAUCUUCUGGUUCCUCCCAGAGUUCUCAUAGAGUAAAAUUUGAUUUAACAAAUUCACAGAUGUCAAGAGACUCUGGUUAUGGCGAAAAACUUAAUGGUUAUGAAAAUCUUUGUGUUAACACUGCAGAUUGGGGUGUCUCAAGUGGAGCUUUUGGGGGCCAGCAACAGGAAUAUGGCAGAGGUCAACCUUCUCUUGUUCAUCAUUACAUGUAUUCUGGUGUUUCACCUCAGCUUUCCCCUUCAUCACCAGCCAACACAGAUUCAUUUACAUCUCCUUUAACUUCAGAUCCUCCAUCAUCUCGUCCUGUGUCCCUUCUCCCAACACCUGUUGAUAUACCACAACUUUCUACUAAUAUCUCUUCAUCUCAGACUUCCAUAUCUAGCCAGUGUGCUCACCCUCUUUACAAGGCAACUCCUCUACUUCAUGACCUCACAAAAGUAUCAAAACCAUCAAGUGGCAUUGGAUACUUGCCUCAAAGAGCAGAAAGCAGUGUUUAAUAGAUUUUUUGUAUGUGAACAUACUAUAUGGUGAAUGUAUUGAGCGAACGUUUUUUCAGAAAAUACCUCCCAGUACAGUAUUCUAGUCACAUGUCUUCAAAACUCUUUAUCUUUAAGCCGUUUUAUUAGCUAAUACUUUCGUGAACAAGGUCAUUUGUGUAAAGUGGAUUUUUUUUCUAAUUACAGAAGUUCACUAGAUUUUAAGUGAAUUUUAUUUAGAAUAUAAUUGAAUAUUGAUUGAGUAAUGUGCAUAACAGUUUUUCCCUAACAAUCUGUAUGCUGCAGCAUAAAUUAGAUAAAGGUGGAUGAAUUAAUAUUAGGGUUGUUUACUAGCAAGUGAGGGAUUCUACCUACAGUGCCAGAAUUUUUUAUCUGUAAGACUGUUAAGGUACAAAGUUUGAUGUCAUUUACAGUUUUCAAAGACCUUGGUAUAUUUUUCUUGGAUUUUCAUAAAAACUGCAAUGUACACUUUUGUCUUUGAGGAAAACAGGAAAAUUUUCAAAGAAAUUCAUGUUCCAUAAAUACUGUUCAUUUUCUAGAAGGCUAGUAAGGCAAUGGUUUGUUUUCUAAAUAUGGAAUUAGAAAUAAACUACCAAACAUCUUUAUGUCAGAAGCCUUAGUUAUGAGACCUUUUUGCAUCAUCAUUGUAUUUGUUAAACUCAUAAAAUAGUAUAUUUUUAUAAUGUCAAGAACUAGUAAGAAAGUCUCUCAUAAUCUGUUACAAACACGUUACUAUAAACUUUAAAACAAAUAUUUUUUUAAAUCUUUUAAAAAUCAGUAAUCUAAAAUUCUCUAGUAUAUCAAUACUUGACCAGAUUUUAAAAAUUACACACAUCCUCUUGAACACUGAAUGGUGGUCACAUGCAGGAUUUAAGGUUGGUAAAUUGGAGACCUUUGAAUUACUGGUAUUGAAAACAAAAUUAUGAACUAGAAAAGCAGCUUGUAAGUCAAGAAAUUUAUUGUGAUAUUUUAUUUCAUAUGAAGGAAGAUGUGAGACACUUAGGGAGCUAUGUGAGAUAAGGAAGUAAUUUUUGGAAAGUUUAAGAAAUGUAAUUUUUUAUGGCAUAGCCAUUAUGAGUCCUCAAAAGAGUUACCCUCAUGGUCCCCCCCCCACCCCCACAAGGUUUCCAUAAGACAGACUAACCAAUGGCAAAGAAUUCUCUGAUAGUUGGUCUUAGCCAGAAUAGUGAUUGUUGGCACACUGGAAGAAUAUAAAGGACUCAAGAUUUCUCAGUCUCUCGCCUACAGCGACUGCUUCAGUUUUCCCUUCAACCUUCUCAUAUGCAACAGUCAGAUAUCAAAGGGUACCCUACUCCCUCUGAAGUGUCUGUAUCUUAUUCAGGACUUCCAUCCUGCCAGGCAAUGGUGAUACAGCUGCCUUUGCUCAAUUGGUUCAUGCAGGUAUCCCUGAUAGGGAAAUUCUGCUUGCUGUUCUUCCAGAAUUCUGCGGGGAAAUCAUGAGCAGUAUCAUGCUGUCCUUGCUGCUGAGCAUCAGUAUAUCAAGAGACUAUGUUCGAUAUUCCAAGGAGAUAUGCAGGACAGUCCUGGUUACUGAAUUGAUGUGAUGUGCAAAAAUUUCUCACCCUUUAAAUGAGAGAAUAGAGAGGCUGCACAAUCCAUCCAAGCAGGGAUUUGGUUCUCUUACAGAAAAACCUAGGUCAAAAUAUCCCAAGCCCAAAAAAGAAAUUAAAUCAGUUGUCUAGAUCCCAGUUGAAAUCAGAACAGGUAUUAAUAAUAUGACCAAGGUGGACUAUAAAACCUCAAAUCAGAAGGCAGUACAGGCACUAAUAUCCACCCCUAAUAAUGGUACUGAUAACCCUUGGCAUGCUCAUUAAUGAAAGAAAAACUAUGAUUGAGGUUGAGCACAUAGAAUUUCAGGACGGAUUUGCUAUUUCCAAUACUGAAUGGUGCUUGGUCCCUGCUUUAAUAGGAAUUUAGAAACUGCUGAAGGAGAAAGUUAUCCUGCUAUAAUACCGAAAUGAAAGCCCUAGAAGCAACUUCUUUCCCUUUUGAUGGAAAAUAUAGCACAUUAAGAAUUUUAGAGAACAAAUAUUCUCAAUGGGUGGUCCCAGCCUUCUGGCCCUUCAUUUUAAAACAGUCAUGUGAAGACCAGUUUUCCGAGUUUUGUGGUGACUGUAAAGUGUCUGAUAAUUCUACAAAGGAAUGAGCAACACUUUUCCUUCCUUUUGAGAAGAAAAGGUCCCAUUGAAUUGGCUAACCAGGGACCCCUGUGAGAAAACUCUCAGAUGGGAUAGCAUGUCUGAACUUCAUGCUAGGCUCUACCUCCUCUACUAUGCUGGAAGUAGCUAUGAGAAAGCUUCCAGGGUCUUCCAGAACAGUUCUAGCUGCAGUAACCAAAAUACAUAUGCAAACCCUAUAGGGGCCACUCAUGACUGUGGAGUGUUGCAUCAAGACUUGAAGGGAAGCUGCAAGCACCUCAGUGGUGUGGUUGGUAUGGUGUUUGCGUUCCACCUCGGUGGUCGCGGGUUCGAUUCUCGGCCAUUCCAUUGAGGAGUGAGAGAUGUGUGUUUCUGGUGAUAGAGGUUCACUCUCGACGUGGUUCGGAAGUCACGUAAAGCUGUUGGUCCCGUUGCUGAAUAACCACUGGUUCCAUGCAACGUAACAACACCAUACAAACAAACAAACAAACAAGAAAGGAAGCUGCAAGGCAGGCUUCAACAUCUCCUCCCCCAAUGUAAUUUCUUAAUCACAUUCUUCCCCCUUCUCUCAGGACCUUUUUGAAGAGUCUGUUGUUGCACAACUCACUGAAUGAGACUGAUUACAGGACGACUGUACAAUACAGGCAGUUCCCGGUUAUUGGCAGGGCUUAUAUUCUUGGUGAGGUGCUGAUAAGCAAAAGCCGCCAUUGACCGCAAUUCAGUGAUUUAUGGCACUGGUAACCAGUUAAUGGCGCCCCUCUUAGAUAUGUUAUGGCUCCAAUAACUGGACCUCGGCGUGUUAUGGUGCCAUAAAUCACUGAUUUUUAUGGCGCUAGACAAUCCCCAUAAAACUGGAGCGCCAUUAGCCGAGUCUGCCAAUAAUCAGGGGUCUGCCUGUUUAUGCUCUUCUUGGAAAAGGGGAACCUGGCAAACAGUUUCCUCUGUCUAAGCCUAAGAAGGCUCAGAAUGACUAGGAGUCAUAUAAUCCUCCAGUCAGUGCUAAAGGAUCCCUCCAACAACAGAAGAUGGGACAAAAACAAUAACACCCCUUUUGAAGUGGACAAAGACACGCCUGCCACCAAAAAAUGACAAAGUUUCUAAGAUAAUUUGUAUUUUUCAUUGCUACAAACCUGAGGUCUUAACAAUAGGAUCAUUUCUAGCGCCUAGCUGGAUCCGGUAAAAAAGUAGAUGAAAGCAAGGAAUCUUGUGGUAUCUGGCAACGCAUGCGUAGAUCGGGUGAAGAGUGGUCAAACGCCGAACAUCUACGCCAGUCUUUCCCAACUCAGGAUGACUUAACAAAAAGAGGGGCGGCUAGAGGCGGGCAGUAUAACGUUAAGACCUCAGGUUUGUAACUAUGAAAAAUACAAAUUGUCUUAGAAAAUUUGUCAUUUGUUCAUACGAGAACAAACCCUCGAUCUUAACAAUAGGAUAGACUCAUACUUGGAGGGAGGUAUAAGACAUCCUAGAUCGGCUGGGGUCCUACCCGCCAGUCCAGCUCUCAAAAGAAAUAGUUCUUAGAGAGGGACUGAAGCCCGUUGAGAAGCUAGAUACACUAAAAUCUAACCACUCAGAACCUGAGUGCCAUACAAUGAUAUAUGGGAUAACCAUUGUAUAGGGAACCAAAUAAAAACUGUGACUGUCCAAAAAACAAACCAGGGAACCAGGGUUUGUAGUACUCCCGACUCCUCCUUGCCCAGGAGCGGAGCCUAUGCUACUAUAUAGUGGGUAAGAAAUUGAAUACUGCACGACCACACUACCGGUAUGACUACCUCACUCACCUGUAUCAGACGAGUCCAGCAAAUGAUGUGUCAAUUCCUUAAACCGCCCGAAGGAAGAAGGAAAGGUACAAGAGAAAGGAGGAGGCCAGCCAACUCACUCAUUCUCUCAUCCACACAAUCAUCUUAGGUAAGAUACAAAGGUGCCCCCCAUUAAUGGCAAAUAUGAGUUACACAACCUGUUGGGCAGCCACCACAGGACCCAGGGAAAAUGUGUCCAUAGAUCUGUGGGCAACAUCCUUAAGAUAGAAAGAGGUGAACGUGGACUGGCGUAACCAAGUACCAGCGCUCAACACUCUAUGUACAGCCAAGUUCUUUUUGAAAGCCAGAGAGGGACCAAUACCCCUAAUGUCAUGUGCUCUAGCCUGCACAGACGUGGCGAUGGAAUCAUCAAGAGUCAAGUAUGCCUGUCUGAUGACUUCCCGUAUCCAAAUAGAAAUAGUAUUCUUAGACACCUCUUUCUUCGUACGGCCUGUACUGACAAAAAGCCUGCGGCAGCCUGGUCUAAGGUGCCGAGUCCUUUUAAGAUAGUAACGCAGGGCCCGGACAGGGCACAACAAGAGCUCUUAAGCAUCACCACCCACAAAGUCAGUCAGUGAGGGAAUGGAGAACGAAGCGAACCUGUCAUCAUGCACCGAGGGAUUUUGGGUCUUGGCCACAAACUCCGGAACAAAUUCGAAGGACACUGACUUCCAACCCCUGGUGUGCUUCACCUCAUAACUCAGACUGUGGAGCUCUCCUACCCUUUUGGAAGAUGCCAAAGCCAAAAGGAAAACUGUCUUAAGCGUCAGGUUCCUAUCAGGUGAGCGGCGUAAGGGCUCGUAUGGGCUCUUAGUCAAGCUCUUAAGCACCAAGGGAACAUCCCACGUUGGGGGCUUGAGCUCUCUAGGAGAAGACAACUGCUCAAACCCCUUAACUAGCAGGGAAAGUUCCCAGGAAGAGGAGACGUGAUACCCUUCAGGCGUAACACCAAACUCAGAGCCGCCCUGUAGCCUUUAAUAGCAGACACAGACAAACGUUUCUCGUCUCUGAGGAAGGUUAAAAAGUCUGCUAUUCGCUGAAUAGAGGUCGCGAGUGGAGAAAAACCCUGUUUACGACACCAAUCACAGUAGAUCGCCCAUUUGCCUUGGUAAACUGCGGAGGUUGACUUCCUAAGACUGCUGGACAUGUGCCCAGCUGACUUCUGAGAAAAGCCUCUCUCACGGAGGAGAUAGUUGAUAGCCUCCAACUGUAAAGAGACAGGGAUUCUACUGACUGGUGGAACCUUUCUGCAUGGGGCUGACACAGGAGAUGCCGCCAAGGCGGAAUCGCUCUCGGAAUCUCCGACAACAACAAUAGCAGAUCUGGAAACCAUUCCACCUGAGGCCACAGAGGGGCCACCAGAGUCAUUCUGAGACCCUGUGAACCCAACAGCCUGUUCAGAACCUGACGGAUCAAACAAAACAGAAGGAAGGUAUACACCUCCAGGUUGUCCCAGGGGUUGGAAUGCGUCUUCUGCCAAUGCCAAGGGGUCUGGGACCACUGAACAGAACACUUCCAGCUUCCUGUUGUAACGUGUCGCGAAAAGGUCCAGCAUGGGUCUCCCCCAAAUCUGGAAAAGCUUGUCCGCCACCACUUGAUGAAGGGACCACUCUGUGCCUAAGAUCUGAUCCCAGUGACUGAGUUUGUCUGUGACCACGUUCCGUUUCCCUGGGAUAUACCUGGCUGAAAACUCUACCGAAUUGCUGAUUGCCCACUGGUGAAGCUCGACGGUCAAGGCACGAAGCUGCUGAGAAACUAGGCCUCCCUGUUUGUUCACGUAGGCUACCACCGUGGUGUUGCCCGACAUGAGAACGACAGAGUGACCCUGUACCAUCCCCCGAAACUCCUUCAGACCCAGGAAACCCGCCUUCAACUCCAAGACGUUGAUAUGUUGCUGCUUGUCCUCUAAACCCCAAACGCCUGAAGCGAUGAGGUUGCCUAAGUGCACGCCCCAACCUGCAAGGGAGGCGUCCGAGAACAGAAGGAAGUCCGGAUGGAGAGAACUCAGAGGGAUGCCCUUCAAUAGAUUCUGGCCGUCCAGCCAUCAACGAAGGUCUUCUCUCACUUUCAAAGACAAUGGGACCAUAAACAGGGGAGAGUCCCCCGCCGGAAACCAGAAUUCCCCCAGUCUCCAUUGCAGAGACUGAAGAUGAAGACGCCCAUGAGGGACCAGCUUCUCCAGGGAAGAUAGCAUUCCCAGAAGAACCUGCCACUGAUGAGCUGACUGAUGCGACUUUGAGAGGAAGUUGCGUGCCACAGCCCGCAACUUCUCCAACCUCUGAUCCGACAGGAAAACUCUCGCCACUGUCGUAUCAAUGACCAUGCCCAGGUAGAGAAUCCUUUGAGUGGGUAAGAGGUUCGACUUUUCCUGGUUGACUAAUAUGCCCAGUUCCAGGCAGAACCGAAGGAGACGAUCACUGUCUUGCAGCAGCUUUUCCCUGGAAACUCCCAAGACCAACCAAUCGUCGAGGUACCUCAGCAAACGGAUCCCCUGAGCAUGGGCCCAACUUGACACGAGAGAGAAGACCCUUGUGAACACUUGAGGGGCUGUGGUCAACCCGAAGCACAAGACUUUGAACUCGAAGAUCUUGUCCACCAGAGAGAAGCGAAGGAACUUCCUGGACGUGGGAUGAACAGGGAUUUGGAAGUAUGCGUCCUUCAAGUCUAUCAACAGCAUGAAGUCGCAUUCUCUCAUGGCUGCCAACACCGAGCGCGGGGUCUCCAUCUUGAACCGUGUCUUCCUGAUGAAGCGAUUCAAGGUGGAUAAGUCAAUCACAGGCCUCCAUCCUCCCGAUGCCUUGGGCACCAAGAAGAUGUGACUGUAAAACCCCGGGGACGGACGCACUACUUCCGCUAUCGCAUCCUUGUCCAGCAUUUUCUGCACCUCCUCCUGAAGAGCCAAGAACUUCAGAGAAUCUGGGGGAUACGUCUUCCUGAGCUGUGGCUUGUCCGACAGAGAAGGAGAGAAGUCGAAUGGCAAGAGGCAUCCCACCCGAAGGACAUCUACCGCCCACUUCUCCGCCCCGUAACACUGUCACUUAGCCCAAUGGCCAGCCAGGCACCCCCCGCCCCCGUGGCACAGGAGAGGGAGAGGUCCCAACCUACUGACGGCCCCCUUGACCUCUGCUCCUAGGGCCUCUUCUUGGUUUAAAGGAACGAGAGCGAAAGGGGCGUUGAUCCUGAGACUUGGGCUGUGACGAACGGGAAGGCCCUGCCAAACUCAAGGUCCUCGAUGGCCUACCAGGGGACGAUCUCCUCGAUUGGUGCUGGACCGGGGGAUGAGGGGGGGCCAAAUGUCUCCAAGGGCGGGGCUCUGAUUUAGACACAGCCUGGUGCACCAGACGGUCCUUGGUGUCAGCCCGACGUCAGUCUAUCGCAUUGUCGAGUCCGGUCCGUGGAAACAAAAAUUGCGAUUCUAACAGGUCACCGUUCCUCAGUGCCAGCAAAGACUCGGUGUCGAGCGACCUCUCCAUCCUAGACAAAGCUGCGUCCCUCCUAACGAGAAGAAGAUUAGCCCAAAAUUGACACUGAGGUGAGCCAAAUAAGAAAAUGCCUUGCCCCCGGAUUGCAAAAGACUGGCAAGCGAGGCGGCACUCACCAACCCAUCAGGGGACCUGUCAGAAGCUAUCUUGGCAAUCACCACAGACCAGAGGUCCAGCCAAGAAACCGUCUGCAACAUGGAGGACGCUGUAGAUUCCAAGGCUAAGGCAUCUUGCGGAGAUAAGGAUGGAGCCAUUGACCUCACCUGUUCCAAAAUCAAACCCGGCUUCAGGCGAAUGACGCCUGGGUUAAGGUGGUGUGACAACAAAAAUGCAGAGCUCGUAGCAUAGUACUUCCUAUGUCUUGUGAGAGGUGGGGUUAGGAGUUUGGUAGAGCCUCUAGAGCGAAGCAAACCGUCCCAGUCAGAAACAGAGGCGUUAACCUUCUGCAAGACCUACUGAACGUGCCCUGGCAACGGCAGCUGGAGAGAUGAUUUGGGGUCCCGAGCAGCUCCCACCAAGGCUUCCAAGCAAGAAGGAGUGUAGGACGACCGAUCCUGAGUCCUACUCUCCAAAUUGUUGAACCUACGAAUGAGAUCAACAACCUCCGAAAAGGAAGACAGAAACUCCUGCGUGUCCCCUUCUUCCUGCUCUGGCACCGGCAACCGACGACGAGAAGGAUGUGUAGCCUCCUCUAACGCGUUUUCUUCAUCAAAAUUCACAGAAGGGUUAGUAGGCAAACAGUCUGAAAUCUCUACUAGCCUAUCUGGGCUGGGUCCAAGCGUCAGCCUCCGAGAUGGACCCACUGAAACAUUAAACACAUCACUUACCUCAACAGGUGACUCCAGACGACCAUGAACAGACACAGCGGGGAAGGAAGGGCAAGGUCCUUAGCCUUCCAAUGCCUAAUACGCCCACGAGGCGUAGAGGGGGAAGAGGGAGAGGGAGACAGCACUAGCUUCUUAUGCGCACUCUUCUCGGAAGGCGGGGACGAACAAUGAAAACUCUUGAAUUGCCUUAUAGAGGCUAGGGAAGAGCUAGAGCCCAGAAGGACUUGCAUGGUCAGAGUCGCCUUCUACAUCACAUGCAGUAGCAGUCCUCCCCUUGGGGACACAGUUUUAUCUUCACUGGUCUUGGGUGGAAAUGGACUCACACUGCCCCUCCUUUAAAGGAUUUUCCAAAAACUAGACAACUCUUUGUAAGAAUAUGUGCAGAAGGCCCUCUUAAAGGGAGUCAUAGCAGUGUCCCCAAAAAGGAUUACUUGGAAUGGAGGGUGAUUUUUGACCUGUCAAAUUUGAACAAACACAAUGUUUGCCACAAGUUUCAGAUGACUACUGUUGCCCAAGUAUGUUUGCUCAUUCCACAACAGGCCUGGACUAUCUCUACAGAUCUGAAAGAUGCAUGUUGGAAUGUCCCUCUCGCCUUUCCCUUCUGCCCCUUCCUGUGGUUUUGGAUAGGGGAGAAGAUUACAGAUUCAAGGUCGUGCCUUUUGGGUUAAACAUUGCCCCAAGAAUCAACAAAUUUAGGAUCAUUAGUUGUCCAAGAGCUAAGAAAGAAAGAAUACAGCUGGUGGCUUACCUAAAUGACUCGCUAAUCUGAGGAUCCGCCAGAGAAGUGCUUACAAAAGUCUGAGAGUGGUGACCAACAGUCUUAUGCAUUCCAGCUUUUCAAAAUGACAUUUGGAAUAAAUCUUGGGCCUGUUGCAGUUUGCAUGUGUGGUAGAGUCAAUCCUCACUUGGCAAAUGAAGGGAGUAAAUAUUCUGGCUAUCAUAUGCCAGAAAAGGCUUUGCAUUCGCCUUCAUCCGAUGAGUUGGAGAGUUAGGAAGAUACUCUGUCCAUGGACCUGUAAGGGGUUUCUGGCAAAACAGGUCAACCUGUAUGAGUAUAAUAGUACCCACAGAACAGAUGCCUCAUUGAUAGGUUAGGGUGGCCAUUGGGAUGAUCAUCAGGUAGCGGGAAGAUUACCUGCUCUGGGGAAGUGUCAUAUCAUCUUACUGGAGCUGAUGGCUUUCUUUCCAUCUCUCAGGAAAUUGAAACCUCCAAAAGGGUCAAGCAUUUUGUUGGUCCUAGGCAAUAGGAUUGCAAUGUUUUGUAUUUAGAGGUAGGACUCAUGCUCAGGCCCUCUCAGUGCAAUCAUUAGCUCCUUUUGCUGCAAAAACAGACAAGACAGUGGAUUCCUGGGGAAAUAGUUUACGCAUCUUCCUUUCUGAAAUGGAACCUUCAUAUGUGGAUUUUUAAAAUCUAGUCUACCAUGAGGAUUAUUCACCUAACAUUGCUAGAUAUCUAGUAGAAAAACUAUGAACUUCAAAUAUCUAAGAAUAUUAGCUUGUAUGGAAAAUGUAGGUAGAUUACCUCCAUGUGAGAGUCCAGCUGAAAUCUCUGUUGAAACUUUUUCUAAAUUUCUGAUAAGGCAGUCCCUGGUUAUCAGCGGGAGUUCUGCUUCCAAUGGUGUGACAAUAACUGAAAAUCAACGAUAAUAGCACUGAUCCCCAGUUAUUGGUGCCACUGUUAAGUGGGGAUUGGCACCGAUAACUGGUGAUAAGCACCGAUAACUUGGGAUUGGCACCAAUAACUGGAGAUCAGUGCCAACAACUGGGGAUCGGUGCUGAAAAUCCUGUUAUCGCUGUCGCUAUACAAGUGCUAUAAAACCGGAUCACCAAUAACCAGGGACUGCCUAUAUAUCUUUGUAAGGCCAAGGGCCUUGCUAUUGCAACAGUCAUGGCAUACAAGGUAGCAUUGUCAGAACCCUUGUUUAUGGUUUCGGAACUGAUUCUAAUGUAGAAAUUGUUAAUUCCCUUUUCUGGUCUUUUACACUGUCAGGGCCAGCUCUUGCAAGGUAUCCCAUUACCUGGUCCAUGAAUGAGGUUCUUAGACUCCUGUCAUCCCUGCAGUUCAUGGGCCCAAUACAACUACAACUCAUAUGCUCCAAAAGGCAGUCUACUUAAUUGCCUUGGUAUCAAGCUGGGCUCUCUUAAAUAGGAACAACAUUUCAUCACUCAUACACCUAGCCAUCAUUAACUGUUGUCUUCUGGCCCAUCAUUCCUGAACAAGAAUUAAAACCCUUUAAAGAGAAAAUCCCCUUUCCUGAUAAGGGAAUUCAGCAUUUUGAAUAAAACCUCAUGCCCUGUUCAAGCACUCAGUUUACCUAGUUGUUGGCAAACAUCCCAGAGGGUCUGCUUUUCCUACACCCUAACACACACAAACCACUUUCUCUACAUUGGCUGGGAAUUAUUUUAGUGUCCCUAAUUAAAAUGCCAGACCCUCACUCACACCCUAAACUGCAUGACAUCCAGACUGCGGAGGGUGAGUACACCACUAGCUUUCUUCAGAAAUGUUUCUUUUGAAGUCUCCAAGUGUACGGGGUGGUCAUCAGAGGCUAUAUUAUUGAAACACUAUUGCCAUGAGCUUUAACAAAUUUGACUACACAAUGCUGUGUCAGUAAGUGGUACAGUAAGUCCCAGCCCCAUAAACGCUUUAGUGGAAAACCAGGGGACUUCAUGAUAUGGUGAUCAUGGGGAAGGCGCAAUAAUCUUGUUGUUUCCUGUGCUCCCUGUUCUUCACUGGCAAACCAUAAUGGGUAUCUGGAAGAAACAAAUUGGCUAAGACUUGUGACUUUACCUAUAAUCAUAACUUCUUCUGGGUUGUUGAUAUUUAUUCGUUUCGACCUAGGCCAUUUUGUCACCUGCCAGUUUCUUUUGUAGGCUCCUUUGAGGAUGAAGCAUGGUUAUGCUAUCAAAAAACAGUUACAAAAAAACAGGAAAAACCUAUUCUUGGUAGCUUCUGUGAGUCCUCAAACCCACCCACUUUCCCUGACAAAAAGGUACAGUAUCUGUGGGUGAACAUUUGCCUUGUACAGACUUGGUGAGUAGUGAGGUAAAUACAAAUGCACUUUUGCCACAUCUGUAUGAAAAGAAUAAAGGUGAAAUUGAGGCAGUCGCUGUAGACAAGAGACAGAACCUUCUUGUCUUAAGUCCUUUACAUUUUAUCACUGUGCCAACAAGUACUCUUCUGGCUGAGACCAACUGUACAAGAAAAUUCUUCGAGAUUGGUUGGUCUGGCUGAUGAAUCCUUGGAGGGCCCAUGAGAGUAAUCCCCUUUCGGACAUACAGCAGCUAAUAAAAAUAGGUUAUCUCUUUGUCAAAACCUGUUUAUUAUGUGCCAAACAUGUUACAGCAUUCUUAUUUUUCAUCACUCUUGGCUAUUAAAAUUUUGGAUUAUUGUUAUAAAUACAUAUGUAACCCUGAAAGAUGGUCUUGUAAUAUUUUUGUUUGAACCAAAUUAACAGUUCCUUUGUAGGACUAUUUUAAGAAAUAUGUACAUUGAAAGGGGAAAGACCAUUCCAGAAAAAAUCUUUCACACUUUUUAAACAACAUGACUGAUAAGAAGCGGUUAAUGGUGCAGAUACCUUGGAUAAUUCCAAUGUCCUUUCUGAGGAAUUCAUAAUGAUAUACUGUGCUUGAGGGAAGACUAUAUACCAAUAUUGUUAAUCUUACCUUAUUGGACAGAUUAAUUAUGCAUAUGGCUUGUGCAUGGUUUGGAGCAAUGUAAACCCUUUUAUUUGAAUUAACCGAAUAUUUUAAGUGCUAAUUGCAUUAUAGUAAUAUUCUUUUACUUUGAAUAUGUAAAAUGCAUAAUUAUUCUAAGCACUUAUAAAAACGAAUCGUAAGAGGUCAUCAUUUUCAUGUUUCUUUAAUGUAAUAUUGACAGUUUAGAUGAUGGAAUAAAAGGCAGUUAUUGUUGUUAUCCGUGAUAAUUCUUCAAUAUCAGUUACCCAUGUUUUCCUUUAUCUUGAGCUUUUUCUGGUAAAUAUUUUAGUACUGUAUAACUUUCAUUUUAUCAGGUAUGUCAUUCUUCCUUUCUAGGGAUAUAGAAAUUAUUUUCUCCUUACAGUAAUCUCUUCUAAUAACUUUUUGGGCCUUUGAGCACUGUCUUUUAAUAAGCUCUUGAAAAAUAAAAGUAAAAAUUACCUAUCCAUGACAUUAAUUUAUCGGGUACAGAAGUUCUGUGCUGAACAAUAGUGCAUAGUAUUUAGUAUUGUUUUAUUUAUAACGAAUAUUUCAGGCUGUAAAGGGAAGUUGCUCAGUAUAUUCUUUAGGAAGCUGCAAAUCAUCCAUAUUUUCUUAUUCACAAGAAAUUAAAUUUUCUUGCCAUUUCCAUAUCAUUAUUCCUUUGUCUCUCUAUACACAGGUUUUCACAGUGAAUUCUUUGAUUACUAUCAUGAAUUCGUUGUUAACUCUUUGCAACCCUUGUCGUAAUCUGAGCAUCAUAUGUUUAUCUGUAAAUUUUUUGUUUCUAGAUGUUCUUUAAAACUUAAUCAUUUCUUGUUCUUAGAGUAAUAUUAUUGCUAUCCUAUUAUUUUCACAAUUUACACAAAAUUUACACAUGUUAUUCUAAAUAAUAACUUGCCAAAAUAAGAAGCUUUUUUCUUAAACUGAAUAAUAAGGGAAGGUUACCUUACAUUGAAAUCUUUGAAAUGGAUGAAACCUGUUGACUAUGAGUGGUAGUUACUCAAUAAUAGAUUCCUCUGGUUUUGAGCAACAGACUUUCAUUUGUUUACAUCAUUCAUCCUUUCAUCACCAUAAAUCUUUUGAUGGAUGGUGCAAUAUCUUCUUUCUUUCUAUUUUCCAAUCUUCAGCUGAAAACUAGUGUCGACAAAGUCAACAGACUAUACACCCAAGAGGGUGCCAAAGGGGGUAUCAUAGCCUGAAGAGAUACAUAUAUAUAAGUCAUAGGAAAAGGUGAUCAACAAAUAAAUAUGAUGGAACAGCAAUUGAACUGACACUCCUGAAAUUCAGGAGACGUCGGGUGAGAGUGGAAUGAAUUUGCUUCUUGCUUAAAUUUUUGGAGAUCAGAAGAUUCCCCAAUUGCACAUCUUAGUUGUAGCCAAGAUAAAACUCUAGUAUUGUUGCUAGAAGCUUCAUCCUAGCUACAACUAAAAUGUGGAAUAGUUUGCAUUGUGCAGUUAUUAAUUUCUGUCUUCUUACUGUAAUUUAGGAAAAAUGUGCAUUUUUGAAAAAUAUGAACUUGGAAAUUUUAGUUUCUUCCUCACGUCAUAUUAUACAAUACGUAUAUGCAAUACGUAUAUACUGUAUUCUAACUUCGUGUAAUUCAGAUCAGUUACAACCAUAUAAAGUCUACUUGGUUGUACUCACUCAGCCAUGCCCAUAGCUGGACCUUUUUCAGCUAGUAUGAAGCAUAUCAUUUGUAAUAAGCAAAUUUCUAACAGUAUAGUAAGGGGUUCUGUAUUUUCCUGCUGAAUAGUCUGGUUGAUAGAUUAUUAAAGGAAAUGCUGAUAGAAAACCCUUGAUAAGGAAAUAAUUGAGAAAUAUCUUCCAAUUUUUUUUCUGAAAAUCCAAUUGCUUUCUGAGCAAUGUCUGUCACGGAGCAUCAUCAUAAUUUUUCCUAGUGUUAUCAUUUACCUGACACUGCUUGCACCAUAGGGAUUUUGUUUUCAUCACUGUAAAACAGAAAGCAGUAUAGUACUAUACCUGGCUGUGUUAUAAUUGUUUGAGAGGUCUCAGUCACCUCCAAUCACCAGAUGCAAGGAUAAAGCAUAAUACGCAUAUAUCUCAAGAUAGUUCCCACUCCUCACCAUGGAACUGGACAGUUAGCAGCUGCUGCUGCUGCUGCUGCUGGUGCUCCUAAGUUGCAACUGAAGAAAAAAAUAGUUAAUAUUUAAUAUUGAAACCAACCAAUGUUAAUUCCAACCAAGAGAAUUGUCUAUGUUGUGUAGGAUAUGGGAUUACAUCAAUGAGAUGCCCAGUUACUGUCUUUCUCACCAUCUUAUAUUUAUAAUAUCUCAUAGUUAACAAUUGUCUUCUCCCUCAAAACUGAUUAUUGCAACUUGAUUCAGUGUCAAUCCAUAGGUUCUUGUUACCACUAACAUGGAGGUAACUAAGUUUCAUUAAUCUUCGGACAGGAUAUUUCUGACUUUUACUUCAUAAUGAAUCCUGAGUUUGUGAUGAUUGAUGCUUGGAUCAAACUGCACUGGCCGUUUCCUUUACAUUUCCCUCUGCAGAUCUAGAUUAGCUUGAAGUAAAUUCACAGCUACAUAGGAUAAUGCUUGUUGACAGUCAUGAUAAUCAGGCUACUCGUUGAAAAAUAAGCCCAAAGAAAAUUUAAGUGCUUUAUGUUUUUUAAUGUUUUUGGUAUGGCACUCAAAGUAUUAAUAGCUACCUUGGGUGACUGUCAAUGGUAUGUUGAGAAGUCAUGUCAACUUUGUUCACAUUCUAAGUGAAAAAAUCUGGGAAAGAAACUUUUUAACCUGUUACUUUCCCCAAUUUGUCUUCAAGAAUUUGGCCUGAAGGUGGUUUCAGUCAAGCCACUGCAUAUUCUUUUGUUUCUAAAACUGUAUUGCUGAGUGUAGCCAACAGCAGCAGAAAGAGUAGUCUCCCAUUAACUAGAAUGCCAAAUGAGAAUGAAACAUGACAUUCAGCUUUUGCUCCUCAGGCCCAGUAAGUUAGUGUACGGCUGCACCUGAGAAUAUGGAACCCACUCAAAAGUUCAAACUUUAACAGUUUUAUUUUUCUCACUCCCAUGGCAAGGCUAGGAGCAGCUAUCAGGGUAUAAAUCACAAGCACAAGAAGUAAAUUAGCAUGAUUUUACUGGACGUAAAGCCCCUUAAGCGUAGUUGUCUGGUUUUUCAAUUCUUUCACUAUGGUUGUAACUCAACUGUGAUACACCAGGAAUUAUUGGAGAAUUUUUUAGCCAUUAUAGUGCAAUUGGAGGAUGAUGAAAUUAUUGGCUUUUUUUUAAAUGAUUUAUCAGAAUUUUCUGUCUUCUCCUUUCUUGUCCUAAGAUCCUUGAGAGGAUUAACCUUAAUAACUGAUCUGUUCACACUUUCUGUCAUCAUGUGCAGAAGGCAUCCUUGAGACUAGAGACCUCGUCAUGACCUAUUUGCUUAUUGCUACACAGCAAGAACUUAUCUUUACGAUUUUAUGAAUGUCAUAGACCACUCAUAAUUUUCAGUGCCUUGGGCUGUCAUAUCCUCACGAGUUUGAUGAUUCUUGUAGCUUGAAUAGUCUUGUUUGAGAGCAAAAUUUCAUUUAGUAGUACCUGCAAUGUUUGCUCCCUCUAUAUAUACAAGGUCCUAGACAGAUUGUCUUCUUGCAGACUGCUAGGCAGUCCCCAGCAUAUUACUUUCCAAGGUUACAAAGAUUAUCAAAAUAUAUUCAUCAGAAAUUAUUUCCUGGUUUACAAUGUAUGCCUCGGGGUUACAACUCUUAUCUGACAAAAGAAAUAUGGCUCCAAAAUGGUAGAAUAAUUAAUAUUUAGAGUUUUUUAUGAAUAACUCAAUGAAAAUUCAGUUUAGAUCAUUUUCAAUACAAUCAAAGCAUUAAAAGUAAGGUUUUCUUAGGAUUUUUGAUGAUUUUUCCACUUAAUGAUUUUUUGCUUACAAUGCGGCAUAGGAUUGGGAACCCCAUUGUAAACCAGUGACUGCCUGUAUAUUUUGUUAUUAUCAUAUUUUGGAACGUUGACAUCUUUAAGAUAUACUUCAGUGAAAUGACUGGAAGUUUGUAAUCCAUAGAUCUUAUGCUGCACCUUCUCAACUUGGCGUAUAAAUUUCUUCGUUUUUAACAAGUAAAUCAUAAAGCAGCUAACCAGAGUUCAUGUAUUAACCUGAUGUUUUAGUAGCCCACCAUACUAUUUAUAAAGGUUGCAUAACACUAGGGCUAUAUACAUGGUAUUUUUAAACACAAAUAGGAUGUUUAUACCCAAAGAUAUGUUUACAAAACUCAUUUUUGGUUAUAAAUUUACCAUGUUUGUACCCCUGGCCCUGGUGCUAUCCACUAUUUGUAAAUUGUAUGGUGGGCUACUAAAACUUGGGUUAAUACAUGAACUUUGGUUAGCUGCUUUAUGAUUUACCUGCUAAAAUAAAGAACUUACACAUCUAGUUGAGGAGGUGCAAUAUACGCUCAGUGGCAUACAAACUGCCAUUUUUCAUCAUUAUUAUUAUUAUUUUUACAUAUUAAUAUUAUUAUUAUUAUCAUUAUUAUUAUUAUUAAAUAUAUUUUUCUCACUGAUAUUUUGUCAUUUGUCUUUUGUUGUUGCUCUUAAUCUCUUCAGUGAUUUAUAGUGAGACAUAAUGCUCUGACUCAACCUUCUUGUAUUAUGUCUUCCCAACUUAGCACCUAUCCUGUUUGUUUUUCUUUUUAUUAAUCUUCUAUCUAAUUCUUGUGUAGGUAUACAUCCUUCAUCUACCUUCACUGUUCAUCAGUCCUAUUUUCUUCCCAUUCAUUGUUCUAUUGCUCUGUCUCCAUAGAUCACCUCAUAUCUUGAUAACAUGUUAGUGAUGAUCUUAAAAUUUAAGCUUAUAAAGUUAUUUGAAAACAGUUUCCAGUAGUUUUUAUCUUAUUCUACCCAGUUAUUAUGAUGCAUUAGGUAUUCAUGAAACAUUCACAUUGCUUCAGACCUGUUGUGGAUCACAUAAAUGAAAUUAUUAACAUUGAUUUCAAGUAUGACAUUCUGCCAUAAUGUAAAUAUUUUGUUCAUCAGGGUUAUAUCUUCAUUGGAUUUGUCCAGCCAUGUUUUUAUACCAUAUGUAUUAUUUAUUAUUUGGAAUUGCUGCUGCUUUUCUUUUUAUGCACUUCAUGCAAGCCAAGCUACAUUUUUGCUGUUGAUAAAAAUCUUUUACAAACAAUUGCUGUCGUUACUAUGCAUAACUGGAGUAGAGUCCCUUAUUUUCUCAGACAACCCUUCAACACCUAUCAGGUUAUCAGUGUCACUGUCAGUAAAUUCUAGUAACAGUUUCUAAAUUCUACCAUACCAUGAUAUAGGUCUCCAUUUUCAUAAAAUUUGACAUCUGUAUCAUUUCUUUGUUUUAGUCAGGCCCCUCUUGCAGGCCACUGCUUGAAGCUAAAGGGAAAUUAGUAGCAGUUUAUUGGUUUUACUACUAGAGUGCUAAAGGUGUAAGCUUAUUUAUUCUGUAAACCUUCCAAUAAUUUUGGUCAGAUGAAGCAGUACUUUCCUGACCUCUGUUUACAAUUAGUUUGAGUUUGAGCACAGCUGCAUUCAAUUUUUGUCAUUACCUUUAGACCAUAAGGUAUCUUCUGACCUAGAUGAUCCAGUUUUAUCCUUAUGAUUCAGCACAGUGUUUCAGUCCAACCAUGUUAAAAUCAAGAAAUAUUACUCUUUUAUCUUUUAAGCUACUCUAAAUAAAAACAUAGUGUAAUUAAGAUUCCGUUAGCAUUUUUCAUACAAUUUAUAGUGUGCAAUUUACUCAGGGAGGCUUAGAAAAACCUGGUGUCGUCACUUUUUGCUAUAACAAAUCAUAAGAAUUAUGUAUUACUGUUCACAGCUUCUGUAUCCCCAGUCUAAAAACAAAAUGUGUUUUAUACCUUUCCAUUGAUAAGUAUGCCAAAAAUGCUGGCCAUCAGAGUUAUCCUCCUUUUGUUUGGAGAUGAUUCUUGUUGCCAUCUUUGCCCUCAGGAAGAAUUUGCAUAUCUUUAGCUAAAUCUAAGAGAUCUGUUGAGAGAUGUUCACAGAUGGCCCAAGCUUCAUCGCCUGUUACAUUGCCACCUUUUCCACCAGAGAAUGACAUUUCAACAUUGGGUGGAAAUUUUGAAAGUAAUACUUCAGAUUUUCAUUAGCAGCUAGAGCAAGAACUCCUGUUCCUGAGGAAAGCUGGUCAUCCACCCUUUAAUUAUGAAAGCAUGUGCUAUUGUUUGCAAUGUGUUGAUAGCAAAAUAUUCAUUAGUUUUAUCAUUUAUUUUAAAGAGAAAGAUCCCUAGUCUGGGAUAUCUAUGUGGUUGCAGAUCAGCUCUCACAAGUGCUCUUAAAAGUGUUGACUGGUUCUGUCAUCCUCAUCUGUCAAUAAUAAAAGGGAAUUUACCUUGACACCAGCAGGAACUUGCUCUGAUAUUUAAUGUCUUUCCUUGGUCCUUAAAUUUGGUGCUAAGAUGUUGAUCUUAACUAGGAGUAGUGUUACAAUACUCUGCAGUGUCGCCAACUGACAUAGUGAGAUGCUAAAUGAGGAUACAUCCAAUGUGUAAGUAGAUUUUUUUUUGGUUUAAAGAUGAACUGAGUAUCAUAACUCAAAUUUUUAUGUAAACAUCUCUACAUGUAAUUGUCAUAGACCAAUCUUGAUGAAUAUUUUCGACUGAGAGAGGUUAUCAGUAGAGUUUGCCUCUUAGUAACAGACAAGGAUCAUCCCAGACAUAGUAAGUGCACUCAUGUCCAUUUCUUUUAAUUAUGAUCUUGAUAUUUUGCAAGUUUGUGAGGCAGAUUAAGCAUUUCCAGUUCAUUUUUGUUUUUCAUGAUGUCCCUCAUUACUUUUCAAAUAAUGCACAUAGUGGUUGUUGAGAAGUACUGUACUAUAAUAAUUCCUUCAUAUGUUACCACCAUAAUUUCUUUCAAAGGCAUCUCGCAAGUUGAAUUGCGUUGCUGGAGGUCUCCAGUUAUGUAGAUUACUUUUAUAGCCUCAAGCACAUUUUCAGUAUAUAUCAACCAGCAGCUGUCUUUUGUAACUUUCCACACUGAGCGAGUUCAUUGCCGAUUAUCAAGUUUGUGAUAUGAUUAGGCUUGCCUACAAUGCCAUACCAUACAAGUGUAAGAGACUUUUUAAGAGUAAACUGUGUAUUUUGGGUCUUUCUUAUAAAGUUAUAACUGCCACAGGCAUUGCUUCCAUUUGCAUUAACUUUUCAAGUUUCAGCUUUUGGCAUACAUACAGUCCAUGUAAGCAAAUUCUCAUGCCUUUCCAGCUUACAAGCACCAGCACAUUACAUAGAAAGAUGUCUGGAUGUUAUUUACCCUCAUGUUACAAUUCAGCGCAGUAGUAACAAAUCUAAAAUUAUUAAAACAUUUCCCAAGCACUUUAACUAAUAAACCAUGGAGUCUUCCUCCCCAGCUCUGUACACAUGCUAGAAUUAUCUGAUGUCAGAAGAUUAAACAGCUGAUAUAAGGCAGUUACGACUGCCCUCUCAAAGGUAGCUGAUACCAUAACAGCAUUUUUCAGCCUCUGGUAAAAAAGAGCACAUGAGAUUUGAAUUGUAGGGAACAGUAAAAUUGUGAGCAUUUUGCAUUUCCACUGUCAAAGUCUAAAUUAUGAGUUGGAUAUCUCAUUUUCUCAUGUAGUUUCCCCUAAUACUGUUGCUUUGUUGAAGCUUCAAGAAUAGUGAAUUCUUUCAUUUCUGUUAUGUCCUGAACUUUAGUUACAUGUGUUAAUUUCACAUAGACUUGUUUUUGAGAUUUUAUUGGCUUAGCGAGAUAUUAAGAGGAAAUUCCUGUAUACAUGUAUUUGUUUAAUUUAAAAGUAUGUUAAUUAUGACUUUCUUAGAGGUUUCCAUGAUCUGUUCAUUAGAGAUAUUUCCAAGUUGACCAAGGUUACAUAAUGUAAGAAGACAAGACAAGAAGACAGAAAGCAAGAUCAGGAAGACAAGACAUAGGCUAGUCAAGACUAGGCAAGACAAGUCACAUCUCAAGUCCAUUCACAUAGAAUACACUUCAUUAAGUUCAAUGAAAUUCAGCUUCGUUUUUAACUCCAUGAGAGAAGACACUUUAAGGGUGAUCCCUUGCAGACCACUUCCACAAAUACGAUUGGCCAAAGUAUGUAAAUGACUGUAAAUGAAUUUAAUUUAUUUUAUUUAUAUUUCAAGUUUCAAUCACACCAGGUAUAAAACCUCUGGUCACUGUUACUAUCAUACCACACCUGUGUGAGAAAAUUACUGACCUUGCCAGGAUAAUUUUACUGUUUAGGAUAUUUAAGUUAUGGCAGGAACAGAGGUAGCAGAACUUGUGGAACUGCCAAGAUGGUACUGGAAGGCAGAGAGGGGAGAAAAUUCUUCACUCAACAGCAAGACUAGCCCAUGCAAAGUGUGGCAGAGCGAAAGGGACACAGUAGAAAAGGAGGCUGAAAGGCAGAGCUGAUGGAGAGAGGACAAGACAGAUGGUAAGGCAAGUCUCACAGCCACAGAUGUCUCGCACAGAUAGGAGGCAUACAGUGUUUUCAGUCCAAAGAAAUUUUUGUUCAGAUAUAGAUUUUGUUUACAGCACUUGCAUGGCACAUAACCCCAAAGAUAACAGCAACUCUGGUUGAUCGUAUCUGAGGAGGGUUAGAAUGGCUGCUCUCUUUAAAUGAAGUACGUACUAAAAUUAAUUUUGUUGAACUGAAAGCACUGUAUUCCUAUUUCUACUUGAGUGAGACAGUUAGGGACAUGAUACUUAUGAUAUAUUGCCUUGCCUUUUCUUGUCUGGCCCUCUGUCUUGUCUUCCUAGUCUUGUUUUCUGCCUUCUUGUCUUGUCUUCUAUGCCAGCCACGAGUUGACAUUAUAAUAGUUUUAGAUCUAUCUUGGGUAACUUGGACAACCUGGAGAUAACUUGAAUAAAUUAAUAGAAUCAUAAUUUACAUGCCUAGAAAUGUCUCGAAUAAACUAAGAAAAUCAUAAUUAGCAUGUGAGAUUCUAUGUAAGAUUCUAUAUAAAAUUCUAUAUGAAAUUAAUAUAAUUAACUAGAAUUCAGAAUAGAACAUGACAAAUUUUAUUAUUCUUGAAAUUGCAACAAAGAAACAGUGUUAUGGGGAGCUCAGAAAAAAACCCAUAUCACAACUAAUACUUUGACAUCCACUAAGGACUUUGUAGUUCUGAUGGUCACUGGGACAGUGUUAAAAGAAAGAACUGCAGCAUGUUUGCUUCUGCUACAUCAAACCACUUAGCCCAGGUUAUACCGUUUUGUUCAGCUAUAUAUUAUCAUACGUAUAUAAGUGGAAAUUGAAUCCAAAAGUUGAACUCGUGCUUUCCAUGUUGAUUUUAAAGUGUGCAAAUUGUAUUGAACAACAUGAAUUUUACCAUGAAAAUUUGAAGAAAAGAAUGUAAAAAGUACCUGUACGUAUAAGGUUUUCAUUGAACAUUACAGUGGGUAACACUUAAAAUAGCAUUUUCUUUAUGUUUAAUGUUUUUAUGAGGUGCAGUAUAGUUUACGACCAAAGGAUGGUAAAAACCUCUUUGUCAGGUUCAAGUCCAAAUGUACUAAGGAGACUUGUACUGUUGUGUAUUUACUCAUGAAUCUGUACAAAAGCUCUCCUUAGAUUCGCACCCUAAUUUGUUAAUGCCGAAAGCAAUUACAGUGCUCUCAUGUCAUUUGCUUCCAUCUAAAAAUACCCAGGGUAAUUCUCUAAUGAAACUGUCACUGCAGUUUAUGUGAAAAUUGUUAAUUUUUAAGUAAAAAAUCUAAGUAACUUAUGUAUGUAUACAGCGUUUAAAUCUAGAGAUAAAAGUGGUUUGUAACAUGCAUAUAACAGUCUGUAUUUUCAGUUUAUUAUUUACUGCAGUGUUCUGUGUUAACUAUGAGUUCAUCAGACUUAUGUUCUAUAGUAUACCCUUAUUCUAAAUUUCUUAUCCAGCAGCAAGUUAUUGUUUUUUUUUUUUUUUUUACUUUUUAUAUAAUGUAUUACAGAGUAUUUAGAGAUUAUGUUAUGUAGUUCGACUUUUCAUUAUAGCAUUUUUAUACAGUUAUUAUUUGGAAAAUUUUAUAGCUAUAUUCAGUCAAUCAAAACUUCAAAACUUGUAUCAUGAGCAGACUUCAUGAAUUAUGUCCUAAAGGGAUGUAUCCAAUGCAUGCUUAAGAAUUUCAUGAAAAUUAGGAUACAGUAUGUAUUUGGAAUUGUCUGAUAGUCUUUCAAAUUUCAGCUAGCAUUUAAAUGCCAGUUGUUUAUAAAUUGAUGUUGACUUGCACUUGCAUGCAGUGGAGACCUACCCCACUUCAUAUUGGGAAUCUGUUCAUCACAACCUUACUUAAUGUACAGUAUUCAGAAGGAUAUUCUUGUUAUUGUUAUUCUACAGAUUUAUAAUUUACUUGUAACUGUUUUUAAUUUAUAAAUCUUUAUUUAUUAAAAACUGUACACUUGUAGAUACAAAGUAUCAUAAAUGCAUUUAUA